AUGGACACCUUUAGUGUGUAUACUGCAAAUUCUGGCGAUUAUUAUGGUAGCAAAGCCAAGAUUAAUCUGUGGGAUCUGCCAGAUGUAGCGAAUAAUCAAAUAUCUGCGAGUGUAAUACGGCUCUCCAGUUUCGAUGGAGAUAAUGAAAAUUCCAUACAAGCAGGAUUUCAUAUGUACCCGGAAGAAUAUAAAGACAGCAAGCUUCAUUUUUACACAACUUGGACUUUGGAUGGCUACAAAUCAACCGGUUGCUAUAACCUUAAUUGUGAAGGCUUUGUACUGGUUAAUUCGCAUAUACUUACACCAGGAGAUGUUGUUGAACCUGUUUCUGUCUACAACGGCUCACAGUACUUCAUUACAAUCAGUAUAAAAAAGGAACCUAAAUCAGGAAAUUGGUCAGUAUAUAGGGAAGAUGUAGAUAAUCCGCAACUAAUAGGUUAUUGGCCUAAAUCUCUCUUUACGGCUUUAGCUGAAAAGGCGACCAUAGUUUCGUGGGGUGGAGUUGUCAGCUAUCCUCAAGAUGGAAUUGGCCCUCCGNUUAAAAUAGAGGAACCUAAAUCAGGAAAUUGGUCAGUAUAUAGGGAAGAUGUAGAUAAUCCGCAACUAAUAGGUUAUUGGCCUAAAUCUCUCUUUACGGCUUUAGCUGAAAAGGCGACCAUAGUUUCGUGGGGUGGAGUUGUCAGCUAUCCUCAAGAUGGAAUUGGCCCUCCGAUGGGCAGCGGACACUAUUCUUCUGAAUUGCAAGGGAAAGCAGCAUUUGUGAAAAAUAUUGAGAUCUUCGAUUCGAACGGCGGAUCCAUUGACCUUGCAAAUAUCGCAAAGCCUGAUGUUAAUCGGGGAGACUGCUAUAAUGUUACCGCAUUAGUCGAUUCGAGAAAAUACGGACUGCAAGAUGGGUAUUUAUUUUAUUUUGGUGGUCCCGGUGGCUGUUCUAAUUAA